AUGAUAUUAUCAGGGGAAUUGAGGACAAUGAAAAAUAAUUAUGUUGGUUAUUUUGGGAGGGUUAAUAGGAUGUAUAUUGCUCGACAGUUACAUAUGGAAGAUGGACCGAGAAAGAAUCUUCCUUUUAAGGUUACUUCUAAUGGUAGAAUGGCUGUAAAAAUAUUAUUGUUUUUUGGGUUUGGAUUUUCUAUUCCAUUUAUAUGUAUGUAUUAG